CAAAGUUGAUUUCAAAUCGACAAGUUGACUUUUCCAAAAAGUCGGCUUACUGCUUUACGUUCAGCAAAGACGCGUUUUAACGGAAUUGUCUGGUCUUCUUUAUUAGUGUAAAUAAAUCUAAGAAUAAAAAUCUAAUUCAAAAACACACUCACGCUGAAGGGGGUGUGUCAUCAGAGUGGACAUUGAAGCAAAUAUGAUGCAUUAAUACAAAGUAAUUUUCACAAACAACAACAACAAUAGUAGAGUCACAAAAUGCCCCGCAAACUUUUAAAAUUUCUAAUAAUUUUCGAUAAUACAUCGCUGUUGUAUUUUCCUGGACAAUUUCUAUCGGGUCGAGUUCUUUUGGAAUUGCAAGAUGAUACACCAGCUUUGGGGCUACACUUUCAUGUUGUGGGCGAAGGCGUUGUGAGAGCAGGCUCAGCACGCCAAGAACGUGGCACCUAUGACAAGGAGAACUACAUCGAUUUUCGCAUGCGUCUGUUGGGCGAUGUCGAUCAGGGACCCACCGUGCUAUCGCCUGGUAUACAUAGUUUUCCCUUUAAGCUAGGUCUACCCAUGGGUUUGCCAUCCACAUUUUUGGGUCGUUUCGGUUGGAUUCAAUACUAUUGCAAAGCGGCUCUGCGAGAAACAAAUGGCCUAAUACACAAGAAUCAUCAGGUGUUCAUUGUUAUGAAUCCCAUCGAUUUGAAUAUGGAAAAACCAAUAUUGGCGCAACCUUUUACAUGUGAGGUCGAGCACAAAAUGGGUGUGGCUUGUGUGGGUGGCGGUUUGGUUAAAUGCCGUGUAGCCUUAGAUCGUGGUGGCUAUGUCCCCGGCGAAAGUGUCUUGGUAACUGCUUUCAUAUCAAAUCACAGCAAUGUGACCAUCAAAAGGACCAAAGCAUCAUUAACAGAGACUGUUGAAUAUCUGGCUCGUGGCAAAGUGGUGCAAACGGAAAAACGUGCUUUAGCUGUUUUAGUCAGAGGCAAAAUACGACCCGGUGGCAAAGAUGAAUGGCAAAACGAUAGCCUUUAUGUGCCUCCCCUGCCACCCACCAAUCUGCAUGGUUGCCAUUUAAUUCGAAUAGCCUAUGAUGUUUUCUUUGUCAUAGAGCCAAAGUCUUUGGAAAAGGAAAUCAAACUGCAAUUGCCCAUACUCUUGGGUACAUAUCCCUUCCGUUCGGCGGCAAAUGAUAUUUCAAACACAUGGCCCGAUUCGGUGCUAAAACCCGAUACACAUUAUCCCUCAUCACUGCCAAUAUUUCGUCCCUGGUUAAAUGAUAAACCGGAAAACUAAAAAAAAAACCUCUUUAUUUCUCAUUAUUGAAAAUCUUCGUUUUUUAAAUGCUAACAACUGUUUAAUUUUCUUACCAUUAUUUGGCAAACCAAAUAUGGAAAAGUAAGACUUAUCUGGCAAGAAGUAAAGGAAUAGGAAAAUCGAGUUAAGAGAAGAGCAAAUAGAAUGUUUUGGACACACAAUAAGCAAACAAAGUCAAACAAAAAAAAAAACGCCUCCGUAAAAUGCUUUAAAAAUGCUCUUGAGUAUUGUGGUAAGAGGAAGCCCAUAUAAGUUGGUAUGUUCGCGUGUUAAGGAAAUAAGCAUAGAAACACAAACAGAAGACACUCUGGCCAUACUUUGUUGUGAAAAGAAAUCUGAUUUAUCUUAAGUGUAGGUACUUAUAAACUUAUAUAUACCAUAUAAUAUACAUAAUACAAACUUUG